CUCUCCACGUCAGUUCCUUGUAUAUUGUGUUGACAAGGAAAAUUCUGUGUCUGCAUGUUUUACUUCGCUUAGUAGCACUACAAAUCUCUGUCUUUGUGCAAUGACAACGAUCGUAGCUGCUGAUGCCGACGCUGGUUUUCCCAGUUCGAAAGAUUCUGGCCCAGCUCCGGCAAUGACUUUUUGGACGAGUAAAUGGAAGGGUUGGCUUACUCAGGUUGAGGGAUUGGCUAAUGCAAACAUGAAAGUGACUGAAAACAAGCUAACUGUGGCCUCCAAAAAGACCUGCGUUUGUGCACCAACUAGCCAUGCUGGUUCAUUCAGGUGCCAUCUUCACCGAACUACUAGAAGUACUACUGCUCAAAUGUCAGAGGAGUAUAACAGUGAGAAGGAAAGUAGCGAAAAUCUUGACUUCAUGAAGAUGAUCCUGUAUCGCAAGUUCUCCAACGAAAAACCUCAGUUAUCAAGGUUUGGCAGGGCUGCUGCUGCGGCUGUUAACAAUGCUUAUAGCAAUUCUAAUUAAUAGCUUGAAAUCCACAAGGUGUAGAUGACCUUUCUGUCUCGCCCGAGUUUUCAAUUGGUAAAAUGUAAAUGACUGGAGUCGGAUGCUAUGCACAUAUUCUUUUGCUU